AUAUCUGGAAAAAAGAGAUGGAAGGCUUCCUGCUUGACCUUGCAAAGAAUGAAGUCCAAAGUUUGGUGGAUCUAGUGAAAAAUGAAGCUCAAUAUUCAUGUUGUUUCAACAAUCAUGUUGAAAAUUUUAAUCAUAAAAAGGAAAUCCUAUACGCAAAACACCAAGAUGUGAAGAAAAAGUUUCAAAGAGGCAAAGGUGUUUUUAGUUUCAAGUUUGAAGCCCAACAAUGGGCACGUGAAGCAAAUGGUAUUAUUAUUACAGACGCUACAAUAAAGAAGAAAUUCUUUUUUGGCUGGUGCCCCAAUUGUUGGUGGCAAUAUCGAAGAGGUAAGGAGUUAGGAGAGAAGACUAAACAGAUUGAAAAAUUAUUGGAAAGAUGUAACUCCAAUAUAGUAGCUGGUCGGGUAAAUAUAUCAAACAUAAAAUACCUUUCUUCAAAAGAUUUCAUUCAUUUUGCGAGUAGAGUCAAAGUUCCAAGAUCUAAUGAAGGCAUUACAAGAUAAUAAUUGCAAUAGGAUUGGAUUGCACGGGAUGGGCGGAGCAGGCAAGACUUCAAUGGCAAAAGAAGUGGCUUGUAAACUGAAAGACUCUGAAUUAAUUGACAAAGUCAUCUUUCUUGUUGUGUCCAAGCCUCUUGAUUUCAAAAAAAUUCUAGGUGAACUUGCAAAAGCUUUAGAUGUGGAUUUAGAGAAAGUGAAUGAAGAAGAACUCUCACAUACAAUAUGUGCUAGAAUCACUCAUAUGGAAGAAAAGCUACUAAUAAUACUAGAUGUGUGGGAAGAGUUUGAUUUGACAAAAAACUUGGGGAUUCCAUCUGACCAUCAACAUAAGAGCUGUAAUAUUUUGAUAACCACACGUAAUUUGAGAGUUUGUACAGAAUUGAGAUGCCAAACGAUUGAACUACAGACGUUGAACGAUGAAGAGGCACUAGGUCUUUUUAAAGCACAUGCUAGUAUUAAUAAAUCCACUCGUGGUUUGAAGGGUAUGCCAGAAAAAAUUGUGAAGCAUUGUGGAGGAGUACCGGUUGCAAUUGUAGCAAUAGCAAGAGCAUUAAAAAAUCAGCCUACAUCAGUUUGGAAGGAUGCUUUGAAAACAUUGGAAGAUCAUGGUGUUGAUCAAAAUUUGGAAGAGGCCUAUAAAUGUUUGAAGUUAAGCUAUGAUAACUUGAAACAUGAAAAGGCCAAAGAACUCCUUAUGAUAUCAUCUUUGUUCCCAGAAGAUUAUGAAAUUCCAAUACAACUUUUAAUCAAAAUUGGUAUAGGAUUGGGCUCUUGUGGGGAAAAUGAUGAAUACCACUUCAAAAGAAAUGAAGUGUGUGCAGCAAUAGCGGAACUCAUUUAUUCUUCUUUAUUGUUGAAUGGUGAGGAAGAAUGCGUAAAGAUGCAUGAUUUAGUUCGUGAAGUGACAUUGUGGAUAGGAGAUAAUGAUAUUAAAUCUAUUGUGGAUUUGAAAAUUGCUAUAAAAAAGAGCUUGAGAUAUUUUCUUUGGAAGAAUGAUGAUUUUCCUGUUGAAUUUGAUGGAGAGAAAUUAGAGGUUUUAUUAAUCUUUCUAGAUGGUUCAAAGGAUUUAGAAGUCUCAAAAAAUGCAUUCUUGAAAGAGAUGACAAAGCUCAAAGUUUUGAUUUUAUACUGUAGUUUUUACAAAAGAAUUCAAGCUCUAUCAUUAACAAAUUCACUUCAGUCUUUAAAAGAUAUUCGAACACUCAUCCUAAAAAAUUUGAAGUUAGGAGACAUCUCUAUCUUGGAAAACUUGUUGAGUCUUUAGAUUCUUUGGUUUGAUGAUUGUUCAAUCAUUGAAUUACCAAUAGAAUUUUUGAAAAUGGAGAAGUUGAGAUCAUUGGAUGUAGAAGGAUGUAAAAUUAAGAAGAAUAAUCCAUUCAAAGUGCUUGAACGUUGUUCAUAACUUGAAGAGUUAACUUUUGUUGGCAAUAAGUUUGAUAUGAAAGGAAAAGAUGUAGUUUCUCAAAAUGAAUCUCUUCUUACAUUACAUAGAUAUUGUAUAUCUUCUGCCUAUCUUUCAUAUUAUUUUGAAAAGCAUGGUUCCAUGUCAAGAUGCUAUUUGUUCAUGAUAUAUGUAAAAUUUCAAGUAAUGGUGCAAUUUAAAAAAAUGCCUUUAAAGAAACUAAUAUAAAAAUAAUAAUUUUUAAAUCCAAUUCAGUUGGACUUUAUUAGAACAAAUAACAAGCAUAGAUACACAAUCUACGAAGGUAAAUAAUCAAUCAAGUAUGGACACACAAUCCACAAGGAUAAGUAACCAGUCAAGCACGACUAAAAGCCAUAAAACAAGUAUGGCAGGAGUCACGAACCAAGCGCAGGCACAAGGCCCACGAAAACAAGCGUGAGUACACUACUCACGAGUCACCAACCCUCUAAUCCAUAUGUGUUGGUUAGCACCUCCUACAAGCACCCUAUUAGCUAGAUUUACCAUGGCGUAUCAAAGGCUAACGGAACUGCCGUUAGCAACUAGCAUUUUAAACUCAAUUUCCCUAAUAAAAAUCAAGCAUGCAUAAGGCAAGAAAGCAACUUUAAAAUUUUCAUGUUCAAUCACGCUGUUCAAUG